AUGACGACGGAAGCCGCAUUGGCUUUCCGGCAUAAGGAUCUGUUCCAGAUGAUUAUUCAGACGAUUGAGGAGGAUGCGAGCGAAGAUCUUCCCGGCGAUGUUCAACCAGGAGAUGCCACGGUGAUUGCGGCAGACUUGGCGGUUCCCUUUUCGCUUGUAGAGAUGCACGAUGGUUACGUCUUUGAAAUCUUGCGGAACUUCACCUUGCCGCCAUAUCUCCUGGAAGAGCUCAGUCAGGUGAUCCAUCAGUUGGGGACCUCCGUGCUUGUAGACCUCAGCAGGGAUUGCGUCCGAUCCGGGGGCUUACCCGCUAGAGAGCUGCUACAGGGCCCUGAUGAUUUCCUGGAGAGACGGCGGGAGGUCGAGGUCCACCUUGGUCUCGACCUGCGGCAAACGGGCGAUGGCGGAUGGGCGAUUGAGGACGCCUCGGAAAUGCUCGGUCCAUCUCUGUAG